AUGCGACCUCUUCUUGAAGCAUUCUUAUCCAGCGACGUUGUCGCCACGCUUACGAGGCUGCUCCACAAGCCCGCAAAUUCUGAGACGUACCUCAAGAACGUUCUGCUACUGCCGCCCAGCAUCCACAAAGCAUUUCGUGCUGGGCACGUAGAUAUCAGACCGAGGCUCGAUAUCAGGGACUUGCCGUAUCCUCGCGAUGACGAUGGCCUAGAGCACUGCGUGUAUGGAUUGUGUACGCAGUGGCCCGAGGAGGUAACGGGCCUAUACCUAGGAGAUGGCAGUCGAUUUAGCGGUGCGCUUGACUUUUUCGAGCUUUCCACCACAGACACUCAAAAGCUUCCUCCUCCGAGCAACUUUCUCCUCAACAUCCAUUUCCGGUUCGCGACGGCCCUGCACAUGUUCUAUAUUGAGGACAAGGUCGCACGCGGGUGGCCUUCCAAAUCGAUGAGCAUCAACCUUCCACAAUCCGUCAUAUCCGGCUUUUUCAGCCUCUGGCGCCUUUUACCUACUCGCCUUAGGGCGUUCUGCUACACUCUCCUAAACAUGCUCGGCCGGCGCCUCUACCCCCUCGAAGCCAACGUCUGGGCCCAGCGCCUCCCCUUCGGCCUCUACAUGAAGCAAUGCACGCGAUCCCCACGUAACGAACCAAACGUUCUCAAACUUCUCGAGAAACACACAACAGUCCCGGCACCCCGCCUUCUCGACACCUGGACCACAAACGGCGUAACCAAUAUCCUCAUGACGCGCAUGCCCGGCCAAACACUCGGCUCAGUCGCGCACCUCCUUUCCUACGCCGAGCGCGACGCCCUAGCCGCCGAUAUACGUGAUGCCCUUGCACAGCUGCGGAGCAUCCCAAAUAGCACGCCAUAUCUCAUAGCAGAUACACUCGGCGGCGCAAUAACAGAUCACCGCAUACCGGACGACACAGGCGGCCCGUUCACGACAGAAGCAGCCUUCAACGCGCAUUUAACAAGCCACCUAUCUAUAACCUUCGAGCAGAUCGUGCGCGAUAACAAGCUGCCAUACCGCGAGCAUAAGCUCUUCCCGCUCACGCACUCAGACUUCCACCACAGCAACAUCCUGCUUGGCCAAGGGCGGCUGAGCGGGAUUGUGGACUGGGAAUCUGCAGGCUUUAAGCCGGAGUACUGGGAGUUCACGAAGGCGAUGUAUUGUCUUCCGCCGGACUCGGUGCUGGGGGGGAUUUGGAGGGGUGUGUGGGGGACGCAGUAUGAGGAGGAGUUGGGGAUUGAGAGGAGGCUUUGGCGCGUUACGCCGUUUGGGGUGUAA